AUGUUUAAAUGCAUAUUGAAGAGUCAAUUUAUUACUAAAUGUGAUGUAUAUGUAUCUAAAACUGAAGGUUUAGAGAAGCUAUUUCGAUUAGGCCAAUAUAGUUCAAAAUUGGUUUAUCUUUACAUAGGGCUACCCAUUGUUAACCAUUUAACAAGCCAUUUUAGGUUUUUAUUUAAAUGCAUUAGUAUAUUUAAAUUGUUUAGUUCCUUUAAUCAAGUUGUAAAAGCGGAAGAACAUUUUAGACAGUGGUCUUUAAUGGCCUGGAUGAUCUUACUUAAGUGUUAUUCUUUGUUUUUAUGGAAAUUGUUUGACGUAUUGAAUGUAUUACAAUGCUUUGAAAUUACAGUAUUAUCCCUACCUAUGUCAAAGAAAUGGCAAAAAAUCACUAAUUAUUGUUGGUUAUCUACUUUAUUUUGGACGCUCGCAAUUAAUAUAAGUUAUCUCUAUGCACAUGAAAAAGAUAUUAGAUUAACAAAAAAAAGUUUUCACAAGAUAAAUUCUACAAAGAAUAAUAGUUUAUUAAAAACUAAAAGGAAGCACUUAAGAAUCCAUUAUUGUCAGAUAACGGUAGUAUUCAGAAAGAUAAUUCUAACGUUCCUAGAUGCUAUUGUAGUUUUGAAACUUUUGAAUUUGAUUGAAGGAUAUGAUUUGUUAAUUACGUUUUUCGGUGUUAUCACUUCGAUCGAGGGCAUAAAAGAUGUUUGGCGGUCUAGUUAG